CAAUUCCAGUAAACGUUUGGGUGCGUUUGAUAAAUCUGUGAAUAUUGUGGCCGCGUUCGUGAAAACAAUACGUUCCCUUCAGCGUUCAGCCAUGAACGAAGGACUGUACCAUGUACUUGUGCUAUCAAUAUUAUUAUGUCCAAUCUACUCUCAAACUGUGAAGAACAGUUCCUUAAUAUUUGUGAUUGAUAAUACUAUUUCAAUGUCAGCAGAAGUGAGAAAUGUACUCAGGAGUGCUGACGGAGUAUUCGACGCAGUUUACAAUUCCAAUAAAUCGGAGAUUGAAAAUGUUAUAAUUGUUACAUUUAAUGAUCCAGAUUUCGAAUUACGUAUCAAAACAAAUAAGAGAGAGGAUUUCAAAGAAUCGUUACGGACUCUUCAUAUAGGUGGAGGAGGCGAUUGCCCCGAAAUGGCAAUGUCUGGAAUUGAGCUAGGCCUACAAAGUGGGGGCCCGUAUUCCUAUAUGUUUGUUUUUACUGACGCCAGGGCCAAAGAUAUAAAUAAGUAUGAAAGAGUGAAAAAUUUAGCGCUGGAAUUAAAUACAAAGAUUACUUUCUUAGUAACGAAAAUGUAUUGUACAAGUGAGCCACACAUGGAUUUCUCAGCUUUCGUGAAGCUGGCCUAUGAAACUGGCGGUGAAUUCUUCUUUUUGAAUAAGAAUAAUAUACCAUACAUUAUGAAAUACGUGAUGAAGUUAGUGGAUAGUAGGAAGGUUGAAAUAAUGCAAAAGCAAUUUAAUGCGACCGAUGAGAAGAAAGUUGUGGUGCCUAUAGAUCCUUCAAUAGAUAAUGUUAUAAUGUCUGUCAAUGGUGGUGCAUCAAAAGUACAGGUAACAGACAAGGAUAAUACUACAGUAAAUACACAGGCAAUCACAGAUGUUAAAAAUUUAAAGAUAAUAUCAUGGAAUAAUACAAAUCCAGGAGAUUACACUAUAGAUGUAAAUAGUACGACUAACACAUUACUGACAAUGCAUGGUUCAACUAAAGUUUCUUUCAGUUAUGGCUUCUCCGUUAUUAAGCCUAAUAAUUUCAAUGAAACAGCAAAUAGACCGGUUGCAGAUCAAAAAUCUUACAUAUUGCUAAAACUAAACACUGAAGGUGAUAGAAUAAACCUUCGAAGAUUAGAUAUCGUGGAUUUGAAGAACAAUGUACUUUUAGAUAAACUCAAGUUUGUGGCUGAGGAAGAUCAGUAUUAUGUUUCAGAUCCAAUCGAUUUUCCGAAAGAUACUUUUAAAAUAGUGAUGGUAGCAGAGGAUGAAACGAUGAAGGACAUAAUAACACGUGCUUCUUUACCUAUAGAACCGCAAAAAGUACUACCUGGUACUAUAAAAAAUGAAGCACCUACAGUUACUAUAUUGGGAGAAACAAAAGUCACAACCUCUGUAGGAAAUCCUUUGCAACUGAAAUGUAGAGCAACAGGUUAUCCUAAACCCGAAAUUUUAUGGUAUGAUGUCUUCGGAAGCACCUUGACAUCUACGGUGUCAACUGUAAGGGAGGAAUAUGAAUUAAUAAGUGUGUUAACCAUCGAGAAAGUAGAAAAAAGUAGCACUUACAUUUGUAAAGCUAGCAAUACCAUUAACAGUGAUGAGAAAAGCGUGGAAGUUGAAACAGGAGAUCGUUUUACUGCAGUGAAGAUUUCUAAAGAUAAACAAAUUGAGUAUAAUAAAGAGGAAAACAUAUAUUGUAAGGUAAAUGCUGAUCCACCCGCUAAAGUUAUUUGGUAUUUAAAUGGAAAUGAAAUCAAAGCAGAUGAUGACUUCGACAUAUCACCAGAUACAUCCACUUUAACAAUAAAAAAAAUGAAACCAAACUAUAAGGGUACCGUUUUAUGCGAAGUCCGAAACGGUGUGAAGAGACUUAUGUAUUCUAUAAAACUAUCACUUUCAAAGUCUGCCGUUGAGGGACCGAAAAUUGAUAAAAGAAUAACUGAAAUAUUUGUGACGAGAGGGUCCAAUGCAAUUGUAUCGUGCAGGAUUUUAAAAGGGACACAAAAACCAGUUAUUAAAUGGUCCUUUAAAAGUAAAAAUAAUGACUCUUUUCAUGAUAUUAAAGAGUAUAAAGAGGACAUUUCAAUAGAAUCAGUAAGUAACAACGACGCCGGCACCUACAAAUGUGUUGCGACAAAUGAAAUUGCUGAGGAUUCUCACGUUUUAGAAUUAAUUAUUAAUUAUGCUCCAGUCGUCGAAGGUCAAAACAAUGUUACUAUCAUUCAAGAAGCCGGACGAAAUAUUUUAGUAACCUGUGAUAUAAAAGGAGAGCCAGCCCCGACUAUUAACUGGUUUUUUAAUGGUCUAAUGAUCCUGAACUUGGAGCCUUAUCAAAUAGACAACCAUAACACUUUAAGUUUUGAGGCGUCUGUUGACAAUAUGGGACAAUAUUCAUGUGAAGGUGUUAAUAAAUUAGGAUCCGUUAAAAAGAUUGCAAACAUAAAUGUAUUUGAGAAACCUAGGCUGACCAAAAAUUCAAGUGUAGAGACAAAGAAUAUUGAGUUUGGAGAGCCGUUAAAUUUAAUUUGCCCAGUCAAAGGAUAUCCAACACCAAAAAUACAAUGGUCAUUCGUUUCAUUUGACGGUAAUCCGAGGAACGUAAGAAAUAUUAGCAGCAAUGGUCAGAUACAAAUUCCAGAGGCUACUAUGAAUGACGACGGUUACUAUACUUGCAUUGUAAAUGAUUAUGAUAGUGAAAUAAAAUAUUUGUUCGAAGUUAACGUUAAAAAAUCAAUCAAAAGGACACCAAAGAAAAUUGAAGCUAUUGAAGGCGAUAAGUAUUUAAAAAUACCGUGUAAACGUGCUGCAGAGCUAAAUUCAACAAUAACAUGGUACAAAAACGACGCACCCAUAAUUAUAGGUAAUGAAUGGCACUCAAUGGAUUCAGAUGGAAGUCUGAUUAUCAAAAAGGUUAGAAAUACUAUUGCGGGAAUAUACAAUUGCAUGGCGCAAGAUUUUAGUAAAGUGUUAGAGACUUUUCAAGUAAACGUUGCAAAGUACCCGAAUUUAAGACAAGGUUAUACGGUAGAAUACUUUUUAGAAGAUAAAAAUGCAACAGUUCAAUGCAAAGCAGCGCAACCCACUACAGAUAUUCGGUGGUACAAGGUGUACAAGACAAAAUAUCUGGCUGGUUUUGAUAAAAGUUUGACGUGGAAUCCAUAUAAAAAUAAUCUAAGUGGAAAAUAUGUAUGUCGCGUGGAUAAUGGGUUCCAAUAUAAAAAUGACGGAGUUGACGUUAAAACGGGAUCUAUACCAAAAUUCCAAUUUGACACAAAUUCUCAGGUAGACAAUGUGCCGUUUGACCAAGAGGCAUAUUUAACAUGCGUACAUAUUGGUUUGCCGAAAACAGAGGUUUUAUGGUGGAAAAAUGAUAUAAGAAUGAAUUACGACGACAUGACCUAUUCUGUUCAGAAUAGAGUAAGCGAUCAAGGGAAAUACAAAUGUCUGGCUAAAAAUAAAUUUGGAAAUAUCAGUAGGGAAUUUACUGUAACAGCUAAUGAUUGCUUGUUAAAUAUAGAAAAAGAUUUUGAUAGAUAUCGUCCACUUAUACUUACCAAUACUUUCAAAUUACCGGAUUUCUUUAUAAAAGAUAGACAUUUAGCGAUACCCAUUGGUACAACGGUGCAAUUUUUCUGCAAUGGAACAUUCAAUAAAUUUCCUCAGCGAACAGUAAAAGCAACAUGCAGAGAAGGUACAACUUUUGAAAUUAAUAAAGAACUCGUUGACUAUCGUACAUUGAAGUGUAAAGAAGCAUUACAGAUAGUAACAAACCCGAUGGAAAGUACAGAACGUUGUAAAGGAACACUUUAUCAAAUCGGUAUACAAUCUGUAUUUGAUUUCAUAGAAUUGUAUAAAAUAUGCUCUGACGGGACACGUAGAAGCUUGUACACUGAGCACAUUUUAAGACCUUGGGCUGCAGGUGUAAAAGCGGCAAGUAUGCUUGAAGAAAAAUGGUUUCAUAGUGACAUGCUAAGUUACAAUCAAAACGAAAUCUACGAUUGCAAGCGACAGAGCGAUAAUAUAUCUGCAGUACUAGGCCGAUCACUAUCUGGUAAUGAAGAUGAGUGCUAUAUUCCCACACAGCUUAUAAAUGAAAAAGACGUACCGCCUGGUUUUCCACAACUGUUAACAUACAGCUAUCUAAAUGUUGUCCCACAUUGGAAUUCUGAUGCUGCAAGAUAUUGGAAAAUUAUAGAAAAAAAAGUUAGGAAAAAUGCCAAAAAAAGAAUUGAAAAGCGAAAUAUAAUUGUUACAACAGGAGUAAAUUAUGACGUUCUUAGAGGACAAAUUCAAAUUAAUAUUACCGAUGAAGCUGGAAACUCUAUUAAAGUACCGACAUUUUUAUGGAAGGUGAUUAGCGAUACGUACACAUCUUCUUCAGUAGUAAUUGUCCAAAUCAAUGUUCCGCCAUCCUUGAUAGACAACAUAGCAACAUAUCAAGUCUGCAUUAGCAAAUGUGAUGAAAUACCCUGGAUAACAGGAGAAAUUGACGAGAAGUACUUAAAAAGUGGUUUUAUGCUUUGCUGUGACAUUACUCAGUUCGAGAAAAUCUUUCAAUUUACCAAUUUAAGUCAAGGCCGUACAUGGCUUUUAAGAAGAUUUGAAAAUUAAAAAGUAAAUUAA